UGCACGAUUGUCGUCUUGAUCACCGUAAAAGGAGUGUGAGCAGCUACAACAAAGAACUCACAUGUGAUAACGAGAAGAUCAGUUUUAUCUUGUUUUGGGACAUGAAAUUACAGAGGGGCUAACCAAUUUGUACACAGUUCCUGUUUGUAAAAGCUGUCUAGACCCGAGUUUAACUCAUUUUCGUAGGACAUUCGGGGGAAACGCUCGGAAAGUUGGAAGUUGAAAGAAAAAUGGACAGUGAAACCACAGCUUCAAUUCUGUCCACAAGCCCAACAAACCAUGACAACAACGAAGCGAUCUCAUUACACAAACCAUCUGUGCAGACCGUCGACGAAGAUUCACCUCUGUUGUUCGCUCCAACUGACGACCAUGGGGUGAGCUUCAGGAAGUCAGGCAUCGCUGAGAGCAUGCGAAAACUACGUAGUGCUACAAUGACCGUGUCGGUCUUGGAGAAACCGUCGGACGAUCGCCAUGCGUCUGCUUUGCUUGCCGGGUGGAAUGUGACAAAUCUUAUUCAGGGAACAGGCAUUCUCGGUGUGCCGUAUGCAGUCAUGAUGGGCGGCUGGGCUGCUGUAGCUGUCAUUGUUAUAGUAGCCGGAAUCUGCUGCUACACCGGUAAGCUUCUGGUGGACUGUCUGUACGUGGAAUCUAAACGGACCGGUGUGCGCAAACGAGUCCACGUAAACUACCCGGAGGUCGGCGAAGCGGCAUGGCCAGGCUGGGGCAACAGAAUAGUCAGCGUUGUUCAGGUGUGUGAGAUGUUCGGUGGCGUUAUUAUGUAUAUCGUUCUCCUUGCCACGGUAUUCAGCGACAUCUUGAACGGAAAGACACCCCUGGACAUUUACCAGUGGGCCGUGGUGUGUGCUUACGUUGCGUUACCAGGAAUCUUUAUCACCCGCGUUUCAGUGAUCGCCUGGAUCAGCAUGAUCUCUGUGUUUGCUUUGUUGUCCAGCAUCGCUACCAUCAUCAUCUACUGCAUAACUGAAUACCGUGACAUGCACCUCUCCAACAUUCCUCCCUUCGACCCGGAGAAGUUCCCCAUCGGUUUUGGCAUCAUUGUCUUCAGUUACUGUGCACAUGCUGUGUUUCCUGGCGUGGAGGGUAGCAUGAGAGAACCAAAACAGUUUCCCAUGAUGAUGAACGCUGCAUUUGCUCUGGCUGCAGUGGUGAAAAUGCUGCUUGGUCUGUUGUCAGUGCUCAGAUUUGGCGGCGAAACUAAACAAGUCAUCACAGUCAGCAUGAACAACAGUCCAAUCUUUAACAUCGUCACCACAGCCCUUGUUGUGACCAAUGUCUUCCUGGCCUUCCCUCUUUGCAUGUUUGUCGUUUUAGAAACAUGGGAUGUUAAGAUUUUACCAUAUUUUCCACAUCUCAGCAAGGAAAGCAAUUACCACUGGUUUUGGUUGCUGCUCACCCGUGUCAUGCUUCUCACUUUUGCCUUGUUCCUGGCCAUUAUUGUGCCACACUUUGGUCUGUUAAUGGGUCUGGUCGGAAGUUUCACGGGUACUUGCCUUUCUUUUGUUUUCCCCUGUGUUUUCCACAUGAUCUUAAAAUGGGAUACCACUCCUUGGUACAGCAUUCUGCUUAAGAUUGUGGUCGUGUUGUUUGGUUUAGUAUGUGGCGGUUUUGGAUUGGUGUUUUCGGGAAGAGAGCUUGCAAAGGCAUUCACUUUUGGUUAAAAUGACAGACAUAUGUUUAAAGACAUAUCAUUUGGAAGGCAAACAUUAACAUUUACUUGAUGAAUGGGUAUAACCAAAAAUGUGAUUAUUUGUCUACAUAUUUUUUAAUCUUCACUUGGGUAAAAACAUAUUUGUGUAAAUAUUUAAUGGCAUGUGUUUGACAUUCCCAAAAUCUCUCUGCACAAAAUUGAAGGAAAGAUACUGAGUUAGAGUUUGCACAAUUAUAAAGAAUGAACUUUUUGAUGACCCUGAUUUAUAAUUUGCAAUAUUAUGUUCAGAGACAAGUUAAGAGUAAAUAUCUAUUAAUACACCAUGCUUGUCAAAUGCAACAUUGAAAACAGUUAUUUUAAAAGUAGAGAGAAGUCCAAGAAGGGUGAAGAACCAGUUUAUUUACAGAUAAUGGUAGAUUACUAAAAUUUCUGAGCAUUUUCCAUUAUUUUUGGUUUCGAAUUAUGUAUGGUGGUCUUGAUUGCUUUCAAAUUUACUGAUAUAAAAUUUUUGAGUCACCUGGUAAAAUAUGUAUGUGCUCCCUAACAACAUGGAAUAGUUACUUGGUGUUGGAAAGUUUUGCUGGCUAUGUGUCGCAAAAGCAGUGGUUUUGGAAAAUAAGCGUUGAAUAAUUUGGUUUGUAAAGGACCAGUGGACUCACCGGAGUCUUUGCUCACAAGUUAUUACUAGCAUGAUUGUGAUUAUAUCAGAUAAUGAAAAUGCAUAUUUAAAUAAAACAAAAAUAAAUUUA